GAAAUGGCAAGAAGAAGGGACCGUUCGCAUGCGCAGUUUGUAGUGUCUUGCACCGCCCGGCCUAGUCUGGUUUUGGGGAGAUGUUACACGUGGAGUGCUCUGUACGGAGCCGGCUGGCGGUGUGACCCUCUCCGGUGACGUUGGGACAGACCGUAGAGGCUGAAGAUGUCGGUCCCGGUGGCAGGGCUCCCCCGGCGGCUGGCGCUCUCAGCCUUGGCCGGUGCUGGUCGCUUUUGCGCGUUGGGGUCUGGAGGGACGAAGUGGAGGGGCGUCCCCGCGGGGCACCGCCGGGGCUUAGCUGACCUCCACCCGAAGCUGGUGCCCCGUCAGGGCUUCAAAGACUCAAACUCGUGGUUGCCCAAAUACCGCUCAGAGCGCAAGAGUUACAUAACCAAUCCGAACCUGGCCACGACCUUGGUGCGGAUCCUGAAGGAAGAAGCGAAAAGCCCUGACCAGCUUUUCCUGGAGUGCAAUCCAGGUCCUGGAAUCCUGACUCAAGCAUUACUUGAAAGCAAGGCCAAGGUGAUUGCCCUUGAAAGUAACCGAACUUUUCUUCCACAUUUGGAGUCCCUGCGGAAAAAUAUGAAUGGAAAACUAGAAGUGGUCUACUGUGACUUCUUUAAAAUGGAUCCUAGAAAUUUUGGAAUAGUAAAACCUCCCAUUAUGAUUUCAGAAACGCUUUUUCGGCAUUUGGGAAUAGAAGCAGUUCCUUGGUCAAAAGAUACACCAUUAAGAGUAGUUGGAAUCUUCCCAUCAAAAAAUGAGAAAAAGAUACUUUGGAAACUUUUAUAUGACCUGUAUUCUUCUACUUCUAUAUAUAGUUACGGACGAGUAGAACUAAAUAUGUUUAUUACUGAGAAAGAAUACGAGAAACUGGUGGCAAAUCCCCAAAAUCCACACUUGUAUCAAGCAUUAAGUGUGCUCUGGCAAGUAGCUUGUAAUAUUAAGCUUCUGCAUGUGGAGCCUUGGUCCUCGUUUGGCGUAUACCGCCACAGUGGGGGACAGGAAAAGGUGAAGAAUAAGAAUCCAUUAGCACAAACAGAUAAACAAGUAGGAGAAAACAUGUGUUUAAUUCAACUGACUCCUCUUCAGAAUUUAUUUACAGAAAAUUUAACAUCUGUUAACUAUGAUGUAUUUUUUCACAUGUUAAAGCAGUGUUUUAUGAAGCGCAAUUUCAGACUAAUGGACCAUUUACAGUUAUUGAGUCCAGUUAAUGCAACGGCUAUAUUGAAGGAAAUGGGGAAACAUGGAGACAUGAAAAUAACAGAUCUGUACCCACAAGACUUUAAACAGCUUUUUGAAACUAUUGAGUGUUUCAAAGAAUCUUGUAGGUGGCUAUUCGAUGAUUGCAUGGAAGAAAUGAUCAUGUAGGGUACUUGACUGCCUACACAUUAGCUGGAGCCAUUGAUUUAUUUGGAAGUUACGGCACAGAUGGGCGAGAACUAAGUUUGAAAAGCUUCCAGUCUUUGAACAGAAGAUAACUGUUCUUGUUUUGCAGAUUGGGCAGGUAAUUUUUUUUGAAGGUGAUACCUUUAGCAAAUUAGAUAAAACCAUGGCUGCUAUUUCAUUCACAAAAAAUAAAAUGAAAACUUC